AUGGCAGAUGAAGUCGAUCGAAGAUUAAAUGCGGCUUUGGAUGAGGCUAUCGAUGAAUAUUUUGAAGAUAGCUACAAUAACAUUGUGGAGAACCGAACAAAGAAACAGAACAAACGUGUAUACGUCGAACGAAACCGCGAGGAGGGCCAUAACCGUCUAUGGAAAGACUACUUCUGUGAUGAUCCGACAUUUCCGGCUCAUUUAUUCAGACGGCGUUUCCGCAUGAACAAGGAAAUAUUUAUGCGUAUUGUCGAUCGCCUAUCUGAAAAUAUUUCAUUCUUUCAACAAAAAAGGGAUGCUAUUGGAAGGUUAGGUCUAUCUCCGCUACAAAAGUGUACGGCAGCUCUUCGUAUGCUUGCUUAUGGUUGUGCGGCUGACGCUGUUGACGAAUAUCUCCGACUUGGUGAAAGCACAGCACUUUCGUGUUUAAGCAAUUUCACUGAAGGCGUAAUACAGUGGUUUGGAGUUGAGUAUCUACGAAGACCCACCCCAGACGAUCUUCAACGACUACUCGAUAUUGGAGAGAUACGCGGUUUUCCUGGGAUGAUAGGAAGCAUCGACUGUCGAGCUCCAAGGGUACAGUACGUGGUCAACGGACACCAGUAUGAUUUAGCGUACUACCUCACCGACGGCAUAUAUCCGAAAUGGUCAACAUUUAUCCAAUCAAUCUCACUCCCUCAAGGUCCUAAAGCCGAGUUAUUUGCUAAAGUUCAAGAAGCAACCAGAAAAGAUGUGGAACGUGCUUUUGGAGUAUUGCAAGCUCGAUUUGCAAUAGUGAAAAACCCGGCUAUUUUGUGGGACAUGAGACAAAUAGGGAUGGUUAUGCGAACUUGUAUCAUACUGCACAAUAUGAUAGUAGAAAAUGAAUGGGAUGGCUAUACUCAGUUUGAUACAUCUGCGUUUGAAGAAGGAGACUCGAGUAGGAGUUCACAGGUGGAUAUGUCAUAUUCUACCGACAUGCCUUCAAAUCUCGCCUCCUUUUGCUCCCUCUCCCUUCUCUCUCUAACACAAAUGGCGUUGUCAAAGUCUUCCGUCGUUGCUCUCGUCGCGGUGAUCGUCUCCGUCGUAGCUACCGUCGCUUCUGCUCAGUCUGAGUCUCCAGCCCCAAGCCCUACGUCCGGAUCUGGUGCUUUCUCUCCGUCGAUCGUUUCAGCUGGAGUUGCGGCCGUCGCGGCUCUUGUUUUCGGGUCUGCUCUUCGGAUCUAA